CCAAAGAAUGUGCAACGUGUUUUUAAAAAAAAACCCUUUCCAGGGAGCUACUUCGAGACACUGAAAUGAGGUUUGACAAAUGCAGUUUCGCCGACAACCUCCUGCCGCUGAUCCCACACAACUUGAGUUGGUACGCGUCCCCUUCGCUUCCAGGUCAUCCCCGCGGCCGCAGCGCGACAGUAACGCGGUCUGAACCUCACCGCCCAUUUCAGGGCCCCGAGAAGACGCCCACUCGUUGGGAGAGGGGAGAGUGCGGGGACGGGAGGCCAGUCCGGAGGCCUGUCCUGGGCACCCACUGUCAUUGGGGCGCCCCAUCGCGCGCCUUGCGGGAAAAUUGUUUGGUGACCAGAGAACCUGUUCCUAUCAAUUAUUGAAGCCAUAAGGAAAUGUUUUAUAAAUAUUAAACCUUUUCCAUAAUGAGGUGUUGCCAUAUCUGCAAACUUCCAGGAAGAGUGAUGGGGAUUCGAGUGCUUCGUCUCUCUUUGGUGGUCAUCCUGGUGUUAUUACUGGUAGCUGGGGCUUUGACCACUUUGCUUCCUACUAUCAAAGAAGACAAGAUGCUCACUUUACGUAGAGAAAUAAAAUCCCAGGGCAAGCCCACCCUGGAUUCCUUUACUCUCAUCAUGCAGACUUACAACAGAACAGAUCUCUUAUUGAGACUUUUAAAUCAUUACCAGGCAGUACCACAUUUGCACAAAGUGAUUGUGGUAUGGAACAAUAUUGGGGAGAAGGGACCAGAUGAAUUAUGGAAUUCGCUAGGUCCUCACCCCAUCCCUGUAAUCUUCAAAGUACAGACAACAAACAGGAUGAGAAAUCGACUCCAGGUUUUUCCAGAACUGGAAACCAAUGCAGUGUUAAUGGUAGAUGAUGACACACUUAUUAGUGCCCAAGACCUUGAUUUUGCUUUCUCAGUUUGGCAGCAAUUUCCUGAUCAAAUUGUAGGAUUUGUUCCUAGAAAGCAUGUCUCUACUUCCUCUGGCAUCUACAGCUAUGGAGGAUUUGAACUGCAAACACCAGAGUUUGGAAAUGGUGAUCACUACUCUAUGGUGCUGAUCGGCGCUUCCUUCUUCAACAGCAAAUACCUUGAACUGUUUCAGAAGCAACCUGCCUCCGUCCACGCUUUGAUCGAUGAAACGCAAAACUGUGAUGACAUCGCCAUGAAUUUUCUCGUCGCCAAGCACCUUGGGAAGACUUCUGGGAUAUUUGUGAAACCUGUAAAUAUGGGUAAUUUAGAAAAAGAAACCAAUGGUGGCUAUUCAGGAAUGUGGCACCGAGCCGAGCACUUUCUUCAGAGGUCUUACUGUAUAAACAAGCUUGUUAAUAUUUAUGACAGCAUGCCUUUAAAAUACUCCAACAUUAUGAUUUCCCAGUUCGGUUUUCCGUAUGCCAACCACAAAAGCAAAAUGUGAAAGUAAAAUAAGCAAACAAAAACAAACCUCAACACUGCUUAGUCUCUGAGUAUCUCUCCAUGCAAUGUUUUUUUGUUUUGUUUUGAUUUUUGAAGCCCCAUCAUGAACUUUUUUCCUCUUCAGAAGACUCUGCAAUGAAAAAAAUACGCAUAGCACUUUUAGGAUAUAAAAUUCUCAUAAACUUCCAAAAUCAAGAAACUGAUAUUGUGGGGAAUUUUCACCCACGGAUAUAACUCCUUGAUCAGCGAUUUUAUUGUUUACAUUCUGAGACUGUUCUGCAAUUUCUUUGACUCUUGGCAUUUGCCUUAAGGACAUAUAGUAAACUGUUUCCAGGAUCACAAGCACUAGAGAAGCAUUUCUCAGCUUUCUCACGAAAGGAUGAUUUUACUUGAAACUUGAAAUGCCUCUGUAGCAAAAGCCUAUGUUGUCCAGAAAAGCUACGUGAGGAGGAAAUAGUCUCAACUGCAUAGAAGAACACGUGAAAAAUUCGUGGCUGCCAAUUCUUUCCGUGGUCUUUCUAGCCAAACCCUUUCCAGGACUAAUUUAGCUUGGCACAGUCUUGAUGAAACCAUGAGUGUUUUUAAUUUUGUUGAUCCUUCUGUCGUGGCCAAGAGGAUUAAUUUCAGCCAACAGGAACCUAGUUGUUUGCUUGAAUUUUGUGAACAUUUACUGCAUGGAUCAGAAAAAAAGUGCCGCCUGUUUCUUACCUGAACUUACGUGCAGCAAGCAGUAAAUAUAUUACUAGUUGGUGUCAGUAAAAACUGACCUGCGAUAGUACGUUCAUUCUUAUAUUUUACAUAAAGUAUAUAUUGUUUUAAGAAAUGAAUAAAGGAACUCUGAAAGAAUGAUUAAGUAGAAACUGGCAGAACUUAAAAUUCUUAAUAUAGAAGAUCUGUAUUGUUAGAACAUAGGUUAUCUCACAGUUACUAACGUGUUGUCUGUAUCACACAAAGUCAAUCUCUUGUGUUCAAAACUUUUUUCAAAAAUCUAAGACACUAUUCUUCAUGAUGAAUUUUGAAUACAUGAAUACAGAAAAAUUCAAAGAGAGGAAUGGCAGAAGAAAUAGUUCUGCACCUAGGAUUUAACUUGCAGUUUUGUGAAUUAGCAUCAGUGUCCACAAACUGUCUGCUCUUGCUGGUGGUGAAGAUUAGGCCUCUGUCUUCUUCCCCUUUUCCUCCUGCUCUUCCCAUAAUGCAAUUAUAUUUUCAAAAUUGCAAAGUUGUAAAAACAUUAAACUGAUCAUCUCAUGUUCCACCAGUGAGGCCCUGCAAUUAGAUCCUUACAUGUUCUUUCUUUACCUUGAUAUGUAUGUAUGUCUUUAUGCUGUCAGAUAAAACUAAUAAAACAUGAAGCCACAGAAUGAUCUAUGGUGUCAAUUACCUGCUUUGUCCAAUCUCUUUAGUGAUUUUAUGCCUCUUAGGAUUUCACUGGCAGAUAAAUAAAAUAAAAUG